UCGUCUAAUCACGGAAAACGCGCUAAUCGAACCCAUUUCACUGAUCAACAAAUAAAAAUUCUUCAAGAACAUUUUGAAAUUAAUGCAUAUCCUAAAGAUGAAGAAUUGGAAAUGUUAUCUGGCUUGCUGGAUUUGAGUCCUCGUGUUAUUAUUGUUUGGUUUCAAAAUGCUCGUCAGAAAGCUAGAAAAAGUUAUGAAAAUCAGCCCCAAAACAGCCAUAACUCUGAAAAUGGGCCUCAUCACGGAUCGUCAAAUGAAAGUGGACAACCAACUUUGAAAUACCAAUGCCAAGUUUGUUCUGCAAAUUUUGAAAGGUACUACGAGUUGAUAAAACAUCAAAGGAUGCAAUGUCAUAAAGAUCAUUCUGCUAAACAG